GAAGAAGAGGAACGUAUUAGGCUGAUGCACAGCCCAUACAGAAGCUGGCGGCAUGCACCCAUAACAUUUGUUUGCAGACCACAGUGGCGGCAUGCACCCAUAACAUUUGUUUGCAGACCACAGUAAUAUCGAAUAAGAAGAUUAGGCACGGACGGCAAGCAGUUGUAUUGAAAAGGUCGCAUGUUGAGCUCAGAGAGGCACGUCAACUUCACUGAAAAGGGUAGCCAAUCACCAUACUUCUGAAAUGCCGAAUGGUAAAGCGAAGGAUCGUUUUCUGAAGCCACUUGUAGCAGACUACGAGGAACUGCUGGGUCGUUUCCAACAGACGGAAUCCGUGCGGUUUGAGGAAUUUACUGCUAUUUGGAGAAACAUGGGCUUCUCAAGUGUAUUUUACGGUUCACUUGCUGGUAAUGAGAUGAGGGAAUUCUGCCACCUAACCCUGACCAUGGCCUUCAACUACUUCUUACCCCCAUAUAGCUUCCAGAUCAGAGUGGGGGGUCUGUACCUUCUCUAUGGCCUAUACCACACACAGCUCGCUUCACCUAAAGAGAAGAUCAGGAUUGCCCUAAAGGACUGGGAGCAAAUUCAGAAGUUUUACCAGGAUUCGGUGAAUUCGCAGCACUAUGAUGCAGUUUACAUUAUCAGGAAGCUAAUAACUGAGAAUGCUGUCCUUUACACCGCCAUGCCUCAGAUGUUGACCUUCCGUGUGAAGAAGAAGCCCCAGCAUCACAAGGUGUGCGAGGAGUUCCGUGACCGACCAGAAAGGGUCAAGGACCUCAUCUCUACAGAUAUGCUGCAAGAGGUGGCUAACAUUCAGUGUCACCAUGAGCGGCUGAAGGCGUCCGUCUUGGAGAGGUCAUCCAUUGCGGUGACCCAACAGGACCUGCCGGCCCGCUUGCACAGCUGUGUGCUUGAGUUCCUCCACUGGCAGGACAGGCAUGAGAACCAUGGAGAUGCAGACCACUUGGUUUAUGCUGAGGAAAAAGCCCAGCAGGUCGAGUCUUCCAAUAGGGCACAGCUUCUGGCAUCCAUCAAGACAAAAUCAUACGGGUGUCUUGCAGAGGCCUCGAAGUCACGGCGGCAUCGCCAGGUGGAGAUGGACACAUCCAUUUCUGGAACAGGCUACAUUAAAGAGGCUCCCAAAUAUCACAAAAGUAGGGCGCCAUCACUCAAGGCCCGAACCAACAAGAACCUCUGUGGGGAAGGAGAUGAACAGAAGAUUCAAUAUUGGCUCCUUAGUGCUGCAGAGGAGGACAAGACUGCAUUGAAAAGACAGAAGCGAAAACACAGUUUCCGGUGGUGAAGAGAAUGCGGAGGAUUUGGGCUUUAACUGCUGCACUUUUGGAGAGGCUAAUACAUUAGGAGAACACUAAAUAUCCACAUUAUGAAUAUAUUCAUCAAGUUGUCUGAGGACUUGAGACAGUUAAUUACUGUGCAUAUAACAGGAAAUGUAAUUAAUAGAGCACUUUUGUUUUUGUGUACAAAUAAAUGUGGCACCAAAUUUGCAUCAUUCUA